AUGGGAUCCUUCCAGACACCUCCUCUCGGUGACACUGUACCUGUGGCUGCACCUGUGGCUGCAGCGUCAGCAAUGACCACAAUGAUCGCCUUCGUCGCCGUUGGUGCUACUGCCGCUUGCAUCACCCUCGUUAUCUAUCGCCUAUUCUUCAGCCCGUUGGCGCUGGCAGGGGUUCCUGGCCCCAAAAUUGCGGCCAUCACGGCUUGGUAUGAAUUCUAUUGGGAUUGCAUGCAGCAGGGCCAAUAUUUGUUCAAAAUUGAGCAGAUGCACCAAAAAUAUGGCCCCAUCGUACGCAUCAAUCCGUGGGAGGUUCACAUCCAGGACCCCUCGUACUGGGAUGUCAUCUACACCAACAACAAAAUCGACAAACAUGCCUGGUUCUACCGCGCCUUUGGCGACAACAGAGGCACCGUCGGCACGGGGCCAUGGGACCUCCAUCGUCGGCGUCGGGCAGCCAUGGCCAAAUUCUUUUCCGCUGCCAACGUCGCCCGAUUAGAGCCCAAGGUUUUGGCAAGGGUGCAGAAACUGCUUGACCGGGUAGAAGAGUUUCGCCAGGCGGACGGCGGCCAAGCUGUCCUGCCCAUCUCGCAUGCAUUUCGCUGCUAUGCGACGGAUGUCAUUUCGGAUUAUGCAGCUCCACAUACGAGGGACUUCUUGAGUUCGCCGGAUUUCUCGGCGACUUUCAAUCAGGUGUUGAGAGAUUUUUCUGAGAUUAUGCUCUGGCAUAGGCAUUUUCCCAUUGUGUUCCCCAUCUUUGGCGCAAUACCGCGCUGGCUGAUUUCCAUGAUGGAUUCAACGGGCGCUCAGAUUGCGGUUCUGGAUAAUCAGGCUAGCCUGCUUAAACAAGCGCAGAUAGUGAUAGCUACUAAAGGCAUUCCACGGGAGAAAUCAUCGCCUACUGUUCUGGAUGCCAUCUAUACAUCCAGGGUGAUCGGUCCCGAGGAAAAGACUCUACCACGCAUGAUGGCAGAAACACAGGCUCUUCUCGGUGCUGGAACCGAAACUACCGGCAACACCUUGUCAAAUUUAGUUUAUAACGUCCUAUCCAGCAAGUCAAUUCGAAACAAGCUAACAACAGAGCUCGAGAAAGCGACACCAACAACGAAGUCGCAAUCUGACUUGCUUGACUACAAGACUUUAGAGAAACUGCCCUACCUACAAGCAUGUAUCAAGGAAGCUCUCCGGCUAGGCAUGGGCGUCGUCGGCCGUCUCCCUCGCGUCAACCAAAACGAAUCAAUGACCUACACCACAAAACCAACAUCUGACUCCGACUCCGAACCAAAAACAUACACUUUCCCACCUGGAACUGUUCUGUCAAUGUCCAUAAUUGACAUGCACCUAAACAGCGAUAUCUUCCCCGAACCCCGCCGCUUCCAUCCCGAACGCUGGCUCGACUGCUCUCCAACCCAUCUCCGACAAAUGGAGAAAUCAUUCGUGCCCUUCGGUAGAGGCAUGAGAGGCUGUUUGGGCAUUGAACUAGCCAAAGAAGAACUAACCCUCAUGGCAGGCAAUCUAUUCAGAUGGUUUGGAAAGAAUCUCGAAUUGUUUGAGACGUCGGAGAGGGAUGUUAGUAUUGCGCAUGACUAUUUUGCGCCGUUUGGGCCAAAGGAUAGUAAAGGAGUCAGGGUUGUAGUUCGUUGA